GCCGAGGCCAAUGGGAGCACAACAACAGCUGUGACGCGCCUAGUGACUACGGCUGCGCGGAGAGCAGACAGCUGAUAACUCAUCUAUUAUGCUACUCGGCUAAAUCGAAAUCAUCCGGUAAAGGGAGCGGAGGCCGCCGUUGGAUUCGCUGGAGGACCGAAGGCCAAAGUCGUACGAUGGGAGUUUGUCUCCUGGGGGGAACCGCGCAGCUAAAGGAGCCACGACACUGACCCUCGCUCGCGAGCCCGCCAACCCGCCCACGUAUUCUGACCCGCACAGGCGCCCUCGGAGCAAAGAGGGCCUUUUUUGGCUUUUCCCCUAGCGGUCGGACGCCGUCCGCUGGCGCGUCGCCGCCGUCCACCAUGUCGGACGCCCCCGAGGCCGCCCCCCCAAGUCCCCCCACCUACACCAACCCGCCUCCGCCGGAGGUGACCAACCCCACUAAGCCCGGCAGGAAGACCAACCAGUUGCAGUACAUGCAGAACGUGGUGGUGAAGACGCUGUGGAAGCAUCAGUUCGCGUGGCCUUUCUACCAGCCUGUGGACGCCAUAAAGCUGUGCCUGGCGGACUACCAUAAGGUGAUCAAGAACCCAAUGGACAUGGGCACCAUCAAGAAACGUCUAGAGAAUAAUUACUACUGGAGCGCCAGUGAGGCCAUGCAAGACUUCAACACCAUGUUCACCAACUGCUACAUCUACAACAAGCCGACGGACGACAUCGUGCUGAUGGCGCAGGCGUUGGAGAAGAUCUUCCUUCAGAAGGUGGCUCAGAUGCCUCAGGAGGAAGUGGCUCUGCUCCCGCCCACACCCAAAGGCAAGAACAAGAACAAACCUCUUCCAGCCGCCGCUGCCACCACAGUGAGUCAGCAGGCGGAGUCUUUGGCGUCGCCCCCCGCGUCCUACCCCUCGCCUUCUCAGACGGCUGUCAUUUCCGCCACGCCCGCCAACGUCCAGGCCGCACCCCCAGCGCCACAGCCGCCGGCCGCCAUGAUGCCGUCCGCGCAGCCAGUCGUCAAGAAGAAGGGCGUGAAGCGGAAAGCCGACACCACCACGCCCACUACGUCGGCCAUCUCGGCGGGCCGCGCUGACUCUCCUGGCGCGCAGGACACCAAACCUGCCAAGUUGGCCUCGGCCCGCCGCGAAGCCGCCGCGCGCCCCGCCAAAGCACGGCGGGAGACGACCGAGGAGACAGCGGGAGGCGACGCAAGCAGCGCCCCGGCUAGCACCGGGGCGGGUAGCGCCGGCGGCAGAAAGGCGGGAAAGCUGGGAGAGCAGAUGAAACACUGCGACGCCAUCUUGAAGGAGAUGCUGUCCAAAAAACACGCCGCCUACGCCUGGCCCUUUUACAAACCCGUGGACGCAGAGGCGCUGGAGCUGCACGACUACCACGACAUCAUCAAGCACCCAAUGGACCUCAGUACCGUCAGGAAAAAGAUGGACAAAGGCGAGUACUGCGACCCUCAGAGCUUCGCCACAGACGUCAGGUUAAUGUUCUCCAACUGCUACAAGUACAACCCUCCUGACCAUGAGGUGGUGGCCAUGGCACGCAAGCUGCAGGACGUGUUCGAGAUGCGCUUCGCCAAGAUCCCAGACGAAGGCGUGGAGGCGUCGGCGCCGUCCACCACGCCAUUGGUUAGUAAAAGCACGGCCUCGUCCGACAGCAGCAACAACUCCUCCUCAGACGAGUCGUCCGACUCGGAGGAGGAGCGCGCCACGCGAUUGGCUGAGCUACAGGAGCAGGUUGGUGCUGCCGGCCAGUCCCAGCUGAAGGCUGUGCACGAGCAGCUGGCCGUCCUGUCGCAGGCGCCCGUCAGCAAGCCCAAGAAGAAAAAGGAGAAGAAGGACAAGGACAAGAAGAAGGACAAAGGGGACAAGGCCGCGCCCGCCGUCGCCAAGCCCAAGCCCGAGGAUGAGAAGAAGCCCAAGGCCGCCGCCCAGCAGCCCAAGGCCGCAAAUCAGAAGAAAGCGCCGGCGCGUAAAGCCAACAGCACCGUCGCUGCCGCCACCACUGCCGGCAGACAAGGCAAGAAGGGCGGCAAGGGGGCGUCGGCGGGUGGCUCGGCCAACGGCGAAGACAGCGGAGCGGCCGACGAGUCAUCCUCGCUGCCCAUGUCGUACGACGAGAAGCGGCAGCUGAGCCUGGACAUCAACCGGCUGCCCGGGGAGAAGUUGGGCCGCGUGGUGCACAUCAUCCAGUCCCGGGAGCCCUCUCUCAGAGACUCCAACCCCGACGAGAUCGAGAUAGACUUCGAGACCCUCAAGCCGUCCACGCUCAGAGAACUAGAGCGCUACGUCAAAUCCUGCCUGCAGAAGAAACAACGCAAGCUCCUGCAGAAGCAAGCCGGAGGCGGGGGCUCAGGAGGAGGGGCCAGCCGUUUGAGCGGCAGCUCGUCGUCUUCGUCCGACGACAGCUCCUCGACGGGAACGUCCUCGUCCUCAGAUACAGACUGAACACUCGGGACUUGUUACACCGACGCACACACUUAUAUAAAUAUACUCAAGUUCAUCAGACAAACACACACACACAUGUACAUAAGCUGAGCUGUUUUUUAGCAUCUAGUUUUGUUUUUUGUUUGUGGAGGAAAAACAAAACAAGCUUCUAUGACUUUUAGCGGCGGCAGCAAAAUGAACGGACAUCUUUAACCGGAGCCUCGAGCGGAGAACGCACUUUUGGAAGCCUUCUCCUUGUCGCCGGGCGGACAAGCAACACUACGCGGCUCACUUCCUCCUCGGACUCCGCCCCCUUUCCCGUCGGGAGCCCUCCCCUUUCCCGAACGCUCCAAAUUUUUAAUCGUAUAAAUUUUAUCACGUUUGCUCCUGAAUCGUCGUGGCUGAAUGGGACGGACUGUUUUUUUCAGUUUUGUUUUUAUCAUUUUUUUUAGUUGCUCUAUUAGUGGAUUUUGUAUUUUACUAAGAAAAAAGGAAAAGAGUGAUUUGAUGCUUUUUUUUUUCUUUUUUUUUUUUGCAUGCACUCCGUCGGGCCGUACGUCAGCACUGUAUACUAGCUUCCUGUAUAGUAGCGCUUUCCGUGUAGUAGCUUCCUGUGUAGUCGCCGUGCUACACCUGCGUGCGUGCGACGCGCCGACACACGAGAGGACAAAAAAAACAAAAACAAAAAAAGUCAUUUGGUGUAAUUACUCAUAUGGAAUCCUUAUUUUCUGACUUGCUUUCAUUUCAUAAAUAAACACGCAAAAGUGAGGCCCGCCCGACUGCGCCCUCUUUCCAGUUCUGGAAAAAAAUUACAAACUGGCCACCGUAUCAUUUCACGUGGCUCGUAAAAGUAAAUCGCGUGCGUCGACUUAAAACGCAUGUAAAAUUUUUUUUAAACAAGAAAUGGAAGAGUGUUUACUGGAAAUUGCAUUUUUUUUUUUAAAUCAAUGAUAAUAACUCAAAAUUUUGUGGUAAAAAAAAAUGUUUCAGCGGUUUAUUGAUCAUCAAAAUAGAAUCAUUUGCAAAUCGUGGCAUCCUUAACUUGCAUCUAGUGCGAUCAAUAGCAGACAAUCAGCUCAUUUUGGGGCAUUUGCAGCCAGUUCACUUCCUAUUCCUUUUUAGAACACUAUGGGUCACUUCCUGUUGACUUUAGGGCACUUCAGGUCGCCUAAUAACUUUGGAAUGUUUACAAGUAGCUUCCUGUUAAUUUUGGUUAGGGUUUACAGUGAUCCCUCGCUACUUUGCGCUUCAAACAUUGCGCCCUCAGCCCAUAGCGAUUAGUUUUUUAAAUUUAAAAAAAAAAAAAAAAAAAAAAGGGAUUUUAUAGAGAUGUCCCAUCCAAUCACGAAGUCUCUCGCUCUCCCUCUUGAAGCGUUUUUCUUACCAGGCAGCUGCAGCUUGUUAAACGAUGAGUGACAAAGGAGCUGCUUUGAAGUGGCCAGACAACUACUUUUCAAAGGCCGCUGCCUGGUUUAACUUUUUAAACAUUGGCUGUAGUCGCUAUGGGAACUCGUUGUGUUGUCGUGUACUGUUCUAAGCAGCAUGAGUUGAUUUGAGAGGAAUCACUCAAUGAAGAAUUAUACUUUGGAGAGGGGAAAUAAAGGGAACAAUCAUGUCUUAUAUAUCUCUUUCCAGUGCUAAAUCUGAAUAAACACAUUGAGCACACCAAUUUCUAUUUUUUUUAUUUAAAUGUAAAUAAGCUAUACCUAACUAUACUACUUUAUGGAUUUCGAUUAUCGCUCUCCAUCAACUGCGAAAAACGAGGGAUCACUGUAUUUACAGGUUGUAUCCUUUUGACUUUAGGGCACUUCAGGUUACUUCCUGUUCAUUUUACGACAUUUAUGGGUCAUUCGCCGUUUGUAUAAGGUCACCUAAUGGGUGACAACCCUUUGAUGGGUUUCAAAGCAGUUGCCAGGGGCUGCCGCAUCAUUUCAUUUGGCCCUCUUAAGUACUGUUAAAAAAAAAAAAAUCAAUACUGUACUGAAUAUAUAUUUUAGUUCGUCUCUAAAUGGUCAUCCAGGGCUGUCAACAGACUUGCCGGGGCCCGGGGACAAGCCACCAGCUUGUCACGACAACAUACGCAGUACUUUUAACGCUUUGCAAGCAAUGACUGUGUAAAUGUUCAAAUUAUUUGAGAUGCACAGUUAAAUUUAACAGACCGUAAUGUGAUGUGACACAAUCUAAACAAUUUCCAUCUAUUGUCCCAUGUAGGCUACAGUACAAUACAACUGAGAGUGCUAUGCCUGCCUGCUAAGCAACAAAACAGUAUAACUAAACAUCCUGUACCUGCCCCCUCCACAUCCCUGGGGUUAUCAAGCCCUCAGUGAUGCGCCUAGAUUUUUUUGACAGCAAAGUCAUUUAUAACGUCAGUGAAAUCCAGUUUUUUAGGCAAGCUCACGCAGAGCAUGGCUAGGUUGUUAAGCCAGCCAUGUGAUAUGGUGGAGCGUAGGUAGUUUUUAUAUAUAUAUGUAUAUAUGUUUUUUUUUUUUUUUUUUACUGAAGGCUCUCUCUACUCCAGCUACAGUCACUGGCAAUAAGGCGUUGUAUUGCUGCCUCUAUUCUAAGCGAGCAAUAAUGGAUUUUGGGAACAGAAAACACCCCUCCUGCUUUCAAUUUCUGCACGCUUGUGUUUGCUGAGCAAUUAAAAAAUGGAUUUUGAGCAGACCUCCUGAUCUCGCAAAAUUUCUCGACUCCUGCGUUCGACAGUUUUUUUUCCUCUGCGUGUUCAGUUGAGCGCACGCUAC